AGAGAGAGAGAGAGAGAGAGAGAGAGAGAGAGAGAGAGAGAGAGAGAGAGAGAGAAGAGGAAAAAGAAGAUAUUGAGAAUGGGUGGUGGUGCAAGAGGAGCAGUGGUGGUGAUGGUGGUGGUGAUAUUAAUAUUGUCGGAGGGGACAAGAGGAGGCAAUGCCACAAAACAUGUGGUGGGUGGGAGUCAAGGGUGGGAUGUCUCUACUGAUCUCACCUCUUGGGCAUCUUCCAAUACUUUCAAACUAGGAGACCAACUCGAGUUCAAGUACACAGUGGGUUUGCACAGUGUAGUGGAACUGGGGAGCGAGAGUGCGUACAAGAAUUGUAACAUAGGGAAUUCUGUGAACUCAAUGAAUGGAGGGAAUGACGUGGUGAAGUUGACUAAGACUGGGACAAGGUACUUCGCUUGUGGAACUCCAGGCCAUUGUGCUCAGGGCAUGAAGCUCAAGAUCAACACUCUCUCUGCUUCUGCUUCUGCUGCCAAUAAUACUGAUUCCUCUUCUUCUUCUUCUUCUUCUUCUUCUUCAUCAUCUACUCCUACUCCUACUUCUACUUCUUCUGCUUCUACGCUGCAAUCUUUUGCUUACUUGGUUCUGACGAUGUUAUCUGUUUCCAUCACCAUUUCACUUCUUACAGUAAAGAGUUAGCUAAAAUCCGGAUUGUAUAUCUCAUGGUCUUGAGUUAUGAUAUAUGUGUGUGUGUGUGUGAGAGAGAGAGAGAUAUGUUUUAUUUUAUCUUAUUUUAUUUUAUAUAUCCAUUAAUAUUAUGAUAAUUAUUGGGCUGACCCUUGGGGAUUUGAGAAUUGAGACAUGAGAGGAAAUGAAUAUACUUGUUAGUCAUGGUUUGAAGUAGAUAUUAUAUGCAUCUCUACAAGAUUAUUUCAUU